AUGUCUGAUCUAACACAAAAUUUGCUAUCAACUUAUUAUGGAUUCGGUAGACAAACCGAAAUUGGAAAAACAUUAUCAACUCACGAGAGUGUCAAAAUAAUGAAUGAUGAAAUAAAUAUUUCCUUUAUUGACGAAUCAUUGGAAAAUGAAGAAGAAUCUUUAACAAUAGAAGAAUCUAAGGAAGAUACUAUUGAACAAUGUGAAGAAGGAUUUUCAACUCUAGAUGACAAAUCAUCAAUUUGCGACGAAGAAGUAAUUGACGAUGAAGAUUUUUCCCUAGAAUAUGUCGAUAUUGUUGAUAAACUUUGUGAGGAAAAAAGUUCUGCAACUUUAGAAAACGAUACUUUUCUUUAUUUGGAAGGAAAUAAAUUAGAUGAAAUUCCAGAAGAACUUUUUACAAAUCUAAAAUCUCUUCAAUGGUUUGAUGUGCGUAAUAAUCAAAUACAAUUUUUACCAUUGAAUGUGAAAGGACAUUUAAAUCUUGAAACUAUUUUAAUUCAGAGAAAUAAAGUGGAAAAAUUACCAAUCGAACUUGGUACACUGUUAAAAUUGAAAAAUCUCCAAACAGCAAAUAAUCCUCUGCUUUAUCCACCUGCAGAGAUUUUAAAUCUCGGUUCAAAUGAAGUUUUAAAAUUUUUACGUAAGGAGUGGAAUACAAUAAAUCCUAAAGAAACUAUUGAAAUUAAAGAAGAUGAAAUUUCGUUAAAUCCUUCAACGGUAUUAAAUUAUCAAUCAAAGAAAAAUAGUAAACAUUUUUUGAAAAUACCAAUGAAAAAAGAGGAAAAAUCAUCAACAAGAAUGCGUAGAUGGAACUAUAAACCAAGUAACAGAUGUGAGAAUUACAAGCCAAAUGAAUAUUUAGAAAUUCGACUUUUAAAAAUGAAAAAAGCAAAGGAAUUUUUGGACAGAAGAGCUUUAGAACUUCAAAGAUUAAUAGAUAGAGCUACUUUAAAAAAAUGGAGAUAUGAUCGUAGUAGCUACGAUAAAAGUAUGAGAAAAGCUGCAAAUAGAAGAGAAGAAGAUAUUCCCUUUGCUGUAGAUUCAAAUCUUAUUCCAAUUUCAAUACAACCAAUUGUGAAAAAGGUACGAGAUUCAUUAUUAAAACUAAUGUGUAAUUAA